AGGAUUGUUGAUUGUUUACUUCCAGAUCCCUGACCCCCACACGCUCAGAAAAAGUACUCCGCUGAUAGAGCGUUCUUUGUCUGUCACAUUCACGAUAUGGUUAGGUUGAAAGUGCAGCGUAUUGUCGAACUUUAGCCACUUCCAGUUCCACAUUACCACUUUUCGUCUUGCUUUGUUUUCGUUGACAACGACAAGUGACAUUACGAAAGUGACAUACAUCUUCAGAAAAAAUUCAGGAGAAGAUAUCCCUAAAGAAGCAGAAAAUGACAGGAAUACAAGUAUGGAUGAUAUAAAGUUGUGUGUUGGUACGUCAGUGCCCAGUAGUCGCAUAUUCAUGUAGAAAAUCUAAAUAAUUUAUCCGUACGAUGUUAGCAUAUUUGUAAGGUUUCAAACAAAAUGUAUUUUCCAACUGGGUGGCCAAAAGUUAUCAGAAUACCAAAAUUAGGACAGACUUGUAUAAAGCAAAUAAGUUGUAACAGGGAUAGGAUUCUUUUUGCAGUUCUAACAGACGAUGCUCUAACAAUAUGGUUUUGCAAACCAUGCGUACCUAUUGUUUUCUAUCGUCGACCUCCGCAAUCCUUGGAAAAAUUCGGUACAAAUAUUCUGGCAGAAUGGAAGCCAGAUUCGAGUAUGAUAGUUGUGGCGACAUCCGAAGGUCACUUGUUGCUAUUCAAACUGGGGGUUAUCACAGACAGCAAAGGGCUGUAUUUACAGACAGACAGUCCUUAUGCUAAUUUGCGUCGAGAUAGUGCUGAGUUAUUUAUUAAAGAAAUCAUACCCCCGCUACAUUUGACCAUGAUUGAAGAAAUUAUGGUGUGGGAUGGUAAAAUAACUGGCAUUGCGUGUAUAACUAUGUCAGAAUUUAUGAUAUCCACAAAUCAGGGCCAUGUACUAAGGUAUCGUUGGGAUGGAACUCAACAUAGGGACUAUAACUUAGAUUUGAGAAGAAUACCUUUCUGCAUAAAUCAGCAAGUAUCCAAAGCAAUUCCCAUUGUUGAAGAAAAUACCUACAUUAUAAACAUCGAAUAUUCACCAUUAGUUGGAGGGUUUUCUAUAGUACUAAAUGACGGUAGAGCCGCAUUUUUAACAGCAUCAUCAUUAAAAUUUGACCCAAAUCAAGUGCAAGGAAUAUGGGCCCAAGGAAUUGAAGAUGCCACAUGUACAGUAAUGAACCAUAAAUACAGAUUAAUCACUUUUGGACGAGCAAAUUCUGAGUGUGUUGUUUACUAUGUUGAUGAGAGCACAGGUGGCUUGGAGGUUUCACACAAUUGCAUACUAAGCAGUAAAGAUUAUCCGGGUGAUCCUGGUGCAAUAAGACAAGUUUUAUGGACACCGGAUGGGUGUGCUUUAGUUGCUGCAUGGGAAAAAGGCGGUAUUGCAAUGUGGUCAACAUUUGGAUCUCUACUCAUGUGUUCUUUGGGGUGGGAUUAUGGUUUAAAUAUUGAUCUCCAAAAAAAGAAUCCUUUACAAAUAAAGUCAAUGCAGUUUGCUACAGAAGGUUACCAGCUGUGGAUGGUUAAUGAAGAAUCGUCGCCAGAAAACGAUGAACCAAGUAAUAAUAACGUUUCUACUACAAGCCUUUUACAAUUAGAUUUUAUGAAAAGUGCGUUAACUAUAAAUCCUUGUAUGAGCCAUCAAAAUCAUUUAUACUUGCAAGGAGAAGAUAAAUUGUAUGUGAAUUCAGCAGACACUUUGAUAAAAAUAUUUUCUGAACGAUCCACCAAGGAAGAAGGGGUUUUUGGUGAAUCUGUCUCAAUGACCUCAACGUUAGCGGAAGGAAGACAAUGGCUUGUAAUUCCAGUUCCGUCAACUUAUUCUGCCACAAACUGGCCUAUUAGGUAUUCAGCAAUAGAUGCCGAAGGCCAAAACAUGGCGGUUGCCGGUAGAACAGGACUUGCCCAUUACUCUAUGCACACAAGACGUUGGAAGCUCUUUGGUAAUGAAACUCAGGAGAAAGACUUCAUUGUCCUCGGAGGUUUGCUAUGGUGGCGAGAUUUUAUAGUAAUGGGUUGCUAUAGCAUUCUUGAAAACGCCGACGAAGUCCGUUUUUACCCCAGAGAUUCAAAAUUAGACAAUAAGUUUGCCAAAAUAGUUCCCGUUUCAUCACCCGUUCUUCUGAUGAAUAUACUUCAAGAUCAACUAAUUAUUUUUGGUUCGGAUGGACAUGUGUCGAUUUGGGUCCUCAAAUAUAGCUCUACAGUUGGAAUUAUGGAAGUUUUCAAAGUACAAACGAUAGACAUAUCGGCUCUAGCUGUCCAUCCUGCGUGUAUAGUUUCAAUAACACUGACAUCGCUAAGGACCGAGACUGGUCGGGGGCAGCAUCAUAAUUCCGAAAGUAUAGUUUUAAAUGUCAGUGGACGACUCCUUAUGGUACAAAGAGAGGUUAGAAACGGGGAGCGAUACACGUGUUCUAUGCCUACCGUUCUCGCGAGUUGCGUCGAAAAUGUGUGGGUUCCGAGUAGGAGGCGAGUCGAAAAGGCACAUUUAACGGAAGCUUUGUGGUUGUUUUGUGGAGCUCAUGGUAUGAGAGUUUGGUUGCCGUUAUAUCCGAAAGAUGGGGAUAAAACGCAUACUUUUAUGUCAAAGAGAAUUAUGUUACCAUUUCAUCUUAAAAUAUAUCCCCUAGCAAUUCUUUUUGAGGAUGCUAUUAUACUGGGUGCUGAAAAUGAUACCAUUCUGUAUACAUCUGACACAAAUUCUCCAUUUUCACUACCUUUCAGUGUUUUGCAACGUACUAGUCAAGUGUACCUACAUCAAAUAUUACGUCAAUUGAUUAGAAGAAACCUUGGGUAUCACGCUUGGGAAAUUGCGCGAAGUUGUAUGAGCUUGCCCUAUUUUCCUCAUUCUUUGGAGCUUCUGUUGCAUGAGGUUUUGGAAGAGGAAGCAACCAGUAAAGAACCCAUUCCGGACGCUCAGUUACCUAGUGUAAUCGAAUUUAUAAUGGAAUUUCCCGUUUAUUUACAAACCGUUGUGCAAUGUGCUAGAAAGACUGAAAUUGCACUUUGGCCGUAUUUAUUCUCAGCGGCCGGUAAACCAAAAGAUCUUUUUCAAGAGUGCAUGGCAAAAAGACAACUUGAUACAGCAGCGUCCUACCUCAUUAUAUUACAAAAUUUGGAAACGUCUUCUGUUAGUAGACAGUACGCCACUUUAUUAUUAAAUACAGCAUUAGAUCAGUCUAAGUGGGAACUCGCUAAAGACUUAGUUCGGUUUCUUAGGGCAAUAGAUCCAAAUGACGUUGAAUCUCCUCGUACUUCGUUUAUCUUACCUCCGAAAUUAGGCUUAUCCCAACAGACUCCACCGGUUAGUCCAAAUGCAGAUGAUCUCUCUUUAAUACUAGGCAACGUGCAAGGACCGCGGGUUCGAAGUUACAGUACAACGAUAUCACCGAAACUAGUUGAAAAUAGAACAAGCAAUACCACAAGUAGUAACAAUAACAACUUCGUUGAGUCGCCCCACUCUGGAAGAAAAAAAUCUGUGCCGAGUACGGUCGGUUUGAGCAAAAACGAAACUCGAGGUUCAUCAGGCAAUACAGCUGAAGAAUUUUUUAUUGACGUUAUCUUACAAAAACACGCGAGAAGAUUAUUGUCCACGCGUCGUUUAACCGAUUUAGGAUACUUUGCAGCCCAUUUAGAUUUCCACUUGGUGACGUGGCUGGGAAAAGAACGCGAUCGAGCUGCCAGAAUAGACGAUUUCGUUCAGGCUUUGAAGCAUUUGCAUGAAGAGUUUUUAUGGCCCUAUCCGACUUCGGCGACGUUUGUGGCUCAAAAUAUGGCGUUAGCAGAUAGUUCUCAUCCCAAUGUUGAGGACCGUUUGAAAUUACUAAAGAUCGACGUAAAUUACCAAACUACGUCGAGUCGUGUUGGCGAUAGUGGCUAUAUGAGUUUCCAAGGUUUACCAUGUACAGGUUUAGUCACGCCAAUAAACACGUUGGAUUCGUCGAGUCAGAUGGCCGAAACGGAGCUCGGAGAACUGUCUCAAAGUGACGUCGAAAGUCGCACUAAUAAAAUCGACGACAAGUGUGAUUUUGCAAGAAACUCUUCAUUUUAUGAUAAAAGAAUCGAUUUAUAUGGCGACUGUAAAAACGAAGUUUGCGAUAAAAUACUGGAGGCGCAAUCAAGAGGUAGAGUGGAUGACACUGGAAUGAGUGCAGUUAGUUCCGUUUGGGAUGACGAUAGGGAUGUAAUGGGGAACGCAAGCACUGAGAACUGGGAAGUACCGUCGUCGCAAAUUUUAGAACAGUUGAACAAUUCUGACAAUAAAGGGUCGCAUCGCUCGGAAGUUCAGCUCAGAUAUCUGCUACAGCUGUUUAUGGAAGCCAGCUGUUUGGAAUGGUCUCUUAUAAUUUCGGUUUUAUUGAGAGAUGCUAUGGCUGUUUUAAGAACCGUAAAUGCUGCCAAAUCUCCAGAUCAGUCAAUUGAAGCAGUGUCCAGACUGCGCCAGGGGUUAUUACUUAUGCAAUACUGGACGAACACAGAAUGUUUGGGGUACAGAGCUUUCAUGUUGGCAAUACAAAAUCAAAUAUCCGUCCUAUCGAAAAUACUCGAAACGAAGGUUCAGCAUCAAAAAAUCAUAGAGUAUCAACAAGCAGUUUCAGCGUCUCUUAACAAAAUUUCAUCACCGAUUCCAACUCGAUCACGUAGAAUAAGCUCGAAUCACGACAGUUCUAGUCAAUGUGGUUCGUUAAAAGACAAGAAACCCAGUAAUCUGGAUGCGAGUGACAAGCUCAACGAAGUAAAUACAAGUUCCAGUGGUGUUAAAGAGAAUACGAAUGAAUCUAGAGAUAAUACAGUAAUACAGGAGACUACUGGUUGUGUUAUUACGUAAAAUAUACGUUUUUCGUCUUUGGUACAAUAGAAAAUUCAUUUUGAAGGUACAAUAGAUCAGUGUUUAUAUACUCUUGAGUGUACUUACUUACUAAAGGAAAUUGGAAGAAACCGACUAAAACGGUGCCAUUUCAAUAUUUUAGAACUGCCUAAGUAAAAAUCCGUCUUAACAAGUGAUAGAUAUUUUAAUUGUUUUAUCUUUAGGUUCAGAGAUGAGGAAACGUAUGAAUAAAGAAGAGUAAAAUUCUGGGUUAUAAAAUUAUUUCUAAAUUCCUCAUAGUUUAUGUAAUUUUAAAUCAAUGCGUUAACUUUAUUCAUACGACCCAAUAUAUUAUGAUUUUAUUAUAAAUGUUCGUCUUCGGCAAAUGUGCAAGUAAGAAAUGUUUCGACUUCAAUUGUGUUGUGCCUCGCAUUUAUAACAAGAUGUAAAAAAGUGUGUUGCAUUCCGUAGAUCUUUAUUCCAAUGCUGAAGAAAUAUGAUGUGUAAUUUGCUAAUUAAAAUGUAAUAUAUUUUUGCAACGCUAAGCAAAUCAAUUUUUAUGAUAUUAACUCAGCAUUAAUGAAAUUACGUAAUAAUUUUUGUUCAGCAAUAACAAUCGAUUUUACACUAGUUAUUUACAGCAUGUCAUUUGAUAAAUCAACAUGGGUGAUACGGUGUUACAAUUAAGUGUCAUAGGUUUUAACAUCUGUUUGUGAUUCUAAUAAUCGUUGGUCAAUUUUUAUACAGUGGUUAGUAUUAGAAAAUAUUUAGACUGUCAUCAAUUACAAUAAUACUCCACUAUUGUUGUAUAUUUAUUUAUGUAAGAUAUUAUUUUUCAAGUAAUAAUUUUAUUUUGUAACAUACUAAAACAAAAAUAAAUAAUAAGAGUUUUA